CCAUGACCGAUACACCCGGAUUCGAUGUAAUCCCUCUUAGAGUCUAAUAACAAGUUGUAAAUCAUUCUAUAUAUGUGAUCUAUACGGAAUGGGGUAAACUCAAGAUUUGUCUGGUUCGUGUUUGGUUCGCGUUACUGGAAACAUUGAAACUGGCUCGUUUUCCUCAUAUUGGUCGUGUGCACGUCGCUUCGACUGGCUCACAUCUCCAUAGCCUAACAAGUUCUGGUAGAGGUAUGGUCUGGGUAUGGCUAUAAAAUGUGGCUUGGAAAAUUCCCUUCAUCUCCUCGAUCCUUUCUACCACUCAACUGCCUUUCGAAGAAUUUCCUUUCACGCCUCCCCACUAUCAUCAUGGUCGUUCUGUCUACGAAGCCUACCCGAAGUAUUUGCGUACUAUGCGGGGGGAAUAUCGGUGCAGAGGGAAAGUAUGCAAAGCUAGCGGAUGAAUUGGCUAUGCUUUUCUACAAGAACAAUUGGCGUCUUGUGUAUGGGGGGUCUCCGAGGGGAAUAAUGGGACGAAUCUCUCGCACUCUGGCUGAGCUCGGUGGCGAUGUUAUUGGAAUCAAACCCACACCAUUCCUUAAAUACUCGAAUGGUAAACUCCCCGAGUGGGGUUACAAUGAGCUUGUCCCCGACAUCCACACCCAGAAAGCUCGUAUGGCGGAGCUUUCAAAUGGAUACCUCUUCCUACCCGGUGGAUUCGGCACUCUCGAAGAGUUUUGUGCAUUUCGUAUGUGGAGGAAACUAGGAAUCAUAAAAGCACCCUUGGUGAUACUGAACUUCGAGAACUACUACGAAGAUCUUGUCAAGUGGAUUGAACUCGGAGCUGACGAAGGCUUCAUCAGCGAAAAUGCUGCAGCUGCGUUUAGCGUUGUGCAAUCGCUGGACAAAGUUUCCGAAACCUUUAGCACAUCUUCGUACGCGACAGACGAGCAGUUGGAUUUAUCUGACAUGGCUCCACCUUGUAACAAAGAAUACUUAGGUCUUCCACUCCCCAUCUCUCGUUUGGCUACCAAAAAUCUUCGUGAUUAGUACUCAUCUCAUUACCAUAGAAUAUGUAUAUGUAAAGCGUAAUCAAAAAAUCUCUAUCCUUGCAAGUUGAGGGGAC